ACUUACCAAACUACUUACAUCAACCUUGUUGUAACAAGCCUUCUCUAACUGUAACUUUUGAAGGCAGUAAUAUAUAUGGUUUACCUUAUUAUGAAAUUGAAAAAGUUGGCUAUGUAUAUUUCAGUUCUGUGACAGAAGCUUAUAAUUUCUUCAUUAACAUGAAAGAUAAAUCAUAUCCAAGUCCACAAAAGAUAAAUGAUGUAGUAACAUUUAAAGCAUCAUUUUAUCCAAAUGUGAAUAAUGAAAAUCUCAUUGAAACAGUAUCAUUUAUUCCAUAUGGAGUUCAAGAACUGAGUGAUUGUUUUGAAAUAAGUAUAAGCACACCUAGGAUCAUUGAUCUAAAAAAUUUUAGUACUAAAAUUAAGAGUGAUAAUCAAAAUAUUGUAAUAUCCGGAGAAUUUCCACCUCAAAAUUAA